AUGUCUAAGAGCGACACCGGCGUCUUAGUUAUUGUUUUAGGAAAUGAGUAUACGACUGCAUCAUUUGUCACCAAAGAUUCUGCAAAGAAUGUAACAGAUGGACCGUAUUCAGAUUUCAAAACUAUCAUCUCUAACCAUGACAACAGAUUUUAUUAUUCAAAUUUUGCUAGUAAUGUAUCGCUUGCCCACGAAAAGGAAACAUACAGGAACUUCUUUUUAAAUUUGAUUAAUGACGUUAAAUACAAUUGUAAUGGCACCGAAUUCAAUAGUUUUCAGUUAUUUUGCAAAUUUUUGAAUUACGUUUAUGAGAAGGCUCUCAACAUUACUUCAAAAGAGUCGAUCAAUAAAAUUUUUAUCUUUUUCCCUUACUGGGCAUCGGACGAAUUCAGGAAGAAUAUCAAAGCAGCUGCCUGUUUCAAACUCGAUUAUCCACAAGAGGAUGUUUUACUCGGAACUUUUCCAUAUCCAAUGAGAGCAUUUUUGGGUUACCAAAAAAUGGACAUCAAACCAGAAGAUAAAGUUUUAAUUGUUGAUUUUGGUGCAUCAAAUACCGAGUUCUUCAUCAUGGAUUUCAAAGAUAAAAAUACAGUUUAUUUGCAUGAUUUUUACAUUUUAAAUUUCGGCGGAAACGACGUUACAAACAUUGUUGCCAAUCAUCUUUUAAAUGAUGACAAAAUCAAAGAUUAUAAAAAUGAAAUUCUUAAGGAUGAAAGGCUCAAAAGAGCAUUUUGGGAGGGAGCGAAUAAAACAAAAGAAAAUUUAAUCCCAAAUACUACGGUUCCUUUCAAUCCAGUUGCAAUUACUCACAUUGAUGUCCAAACAACAAUUAAGCAAACAGAUAUUACAGACAAGGCUCCUUAUAAGGUACCAAUCUUUAUAACGGAAGCUGUUAACAGCUUACGUUUUGAUCUUAAACCAACAAAAUUUGUUUUUAUCGGAUUGGCUUCUAAUUUGAAGUUUUUUGCUGAUGAUAUUCGAAAUAAAAUCCAAGAAAAGUAUAAAGAUAUCAAAGAAAUUUCUGUUAAUUCUACAAAAGAUUUCAAGUUGGAAUCAUGUAUUUAUUUUGUCCAACAAUUCUUAGGUGAAGAAAUCAAAAGGAGAAGGAAAUUCAAAUUAGGCCAGCAUAUGAACAUAUACGACAAAGAUCUGAAUCAAAGUUUUGCAAAACCAGUGAAAUUCAAUAAAAAAAUGGCAGUUGCUCUUGAUUUUCAACAAAUCAGUAUCAACAUAAAAAUUGAUGAUAAAGCUGAUAAAUUCACAAAACUUGUCGACCAAACAAAAGAAAGUACUCCUCAAUAUGAUAUUGAUAAAUUGCAAGAUGAAGCUUCUGGAGUAAUUAUUAAAUUCAACGAUUUGCUCAAACAAUCAGAUGAGAAACCCUACUCUCCAUAUGAUGAAGAAAAAUGUGAAUCAGAAGAUCCAAACGAGCUGAUAUAUUUAAUAAAUGAAAUCAGAUCAAAAGCAGAUGAAAUUGCAAAAUCAAAUCAAAAAGCAAAAGAGCUUCUUAAUACAAAACGAUUUGAAAUCCUUAAGAUCCAGUAA